AAGGAACAGGAAGGUGGCGAACACGAAGGAACAGGAAGGUGGCGAACAGGAAGGAACAGAAAGGUGGCGAACAGGAAGGAACAGAAAGGUGGCGAACAGGAAGGUGGUGAACGGGAAGGUGGCAAACAGGAAGGAACAGGAAGGUGGCGAACAGGAAGGUGGCGAACACGAAGGAACAGAAAGGUGGCGAACAUUUUGUGAUUUGCUGUCCAGAACACGACGCUGAGCCUGAAGGAAAUAAAGGUUUGAUUUACGUCCUGGACAGAAGAGCUACCUGCUGCCGCUUCAGUACCUCAGCAGCACAAACCUGCCGGACAGGAGACUCAGGUGUGUUUCUCUUUCCUCUAAUGAGUGAACGUGCAGAGUCCCGGUCCACACUCCGGGCCAGGUGGCGGCGGUCACGCACCAUGACGGUGACACCGACCGCCGUAAAACUUCACGAAGAAGAAGAAGAAGAAGAAGAAGAAGAAGAAGAAGAAGCUGCGUCUGGUCGUCACGGCAACGGAUCGAGCUCCACUUCCGGUGUGAAAGGUCACCGUCCCGGCUGAAGAUGGCGGCGCCCGACGAGCUGUUUUGCUGGGAAGGAGACUGGGGUUUACCCUCCGUCAACACCGACUGCCUGGUGGUUCUGGCCUACGCUCAGUUUGCAGGAGCUCCUCUCAAACUCCGGAAGAUCUGCAACCCCUGGAGGAGUCCCAGCGGAUCACUUCCUGCUCUGAGGACCAAUCAGAAAGAGACUCUGUCCAGGCCUUCUGACAUCAUCAUCCACCUCAGAAAACAGAAAUACAAUGCAGACUAUGAUCUGUCGGCCAAGGAGGGAGCUGACAGCCUGGCCUUCGUCUCUCUGAUGGAGGAGAAGCUCAAGCCUGCGCUGAUCUACGCGUUCUGGAUCGCCAAGAACUACGUGGACGUGACUCGCCGCUGGUACGCAGAGCACAUGCCGUUCCCUCUGAACUUCUUCCUGCCCGGACGAAUGCAAAGCAGGCAGCUGGAAAAACUGCGCCUGCGGCGAGGAAACGAGAGCCUGGAGGCCGGAGAGGAGCUGGAGAAGGAGUUGUACCGGGACGCUGCGGAGUGUAUGAACCUGCUGUCCCAACGCCUCGGCUCACACAAGUUCUUCUUUGGGGACUCGCCUUCGUCUCUGGACGCCUACGCGUUUGGUCACUUGGCGCCCAUCCUGAAGUCCAAACUGCCCAACGGGAAACUGCAGCAGCAUCUGAAAUCCCUCGACAACCUGACCAACUUCUGCACCAACAUCCUGCUGCUCUACUUCCCCAGAGACGGCAGAGAGAGCUCCGGUCAGAAGGCGUCCUCUCAGCCUGAGGGCGGAGACUUCGAUCACGUCCCCAACAAGCGGAGGAAGCAGCUCCUGUCGGCUCUGGUGGCUCUGGGCGCCAUGCUGAGCUACGCCCUCCUGACCGGCAUGGUGUCCAUCCAGCACGCCCAGCUGGAGGCGCUGGAGGCGCCGCCGGACCUGCAGACCAUCAGAUCCCACGAGGAGGAGGAGGAGGGAGACGACUGAGGAGACGCAGGUCCAAGCGGCGGCAUCAUGGGACUUUAUGGACGGAAGAGAAAAUGUUCAGGAUCAGAAAAGAAUUAGUUGUUUCUCGCUCUGUCACCAAAGACACAUCCAGGCGCCGUUCGGUGGACAGGAAGUGGGUGUUGGUGCUGGUUUAUGUACAGAAAUGAAUUAAAAGAUAAUUCUCUGGA